AUGGAUGAAAAGGUUACUUCGCCGGUGACCUCGAGCCACGGCUCGUCCCUGGACGACCCUCUGGCCAAGACCGACCAGCUCAAGCGCAUCUACCGAAAGAUCGACAUGAGGCUCGUGCCGCUCAUGUUCUUCUGCUAUUUCUUGCAGUUCCUCGACAAAGUCAUUGUCAACUAUGCCAACAUCAUGGGCAUCGCCAAGAACCUCCACUUUGUCGGCAACGACUUCUCCUGGAUGGCCACGGCCUUCUUCAUCGGCUACGCCGUCGCCGAGUUCCCCCAGGGCUACCUGAUCCAGAAGUUCCCCGUGUCCAAGGUGCUCGGGUUCAACGUGCUGCUCUGGGGCAUCGUCGUGUGCUGCACGGCUGCGACGCAGAACUUUGCCGGUGCCGCCGCCGUGAGGACGCUGCUGGGCAUGUUUGAGGCCGUCAUCACGCCCGCCCUCAUCAUGAUCACGUCUCAGUGGUACAACAAGAAGCAGGCUACCCUGCGCACUGGUAUCUGGUACUGCGGUCUGGGUGCCGGACAGGUCAUGGGAGGGUUGAUUUCGUGGGCGGCUCAGCACGGCUCGACGACUUCGUCCUUCCAGGGCUGGCGCAUCAUGUUCGUGUCCGUCGGUGCCUUUAACCUGUGCGUUGCCCUGGCUGUCAUCUUCUUGAUGCCCAGCGGUAUCAGUGAUGCAAACUUCCUGACCGCGGACGAAAAGGCCCUGGUCGAGGAGGUCUUGGCCCGCGACCAGGCUGGUGCCGGCAACAAGGUUUUCAAAAUGUCUGGUAUCUUGGACGCCCUCAAGGAUCUCCAGGUGUGGCUGCUGUUCCUCAACACCAUCCUGAUCGUCAUCCCCUCCGGCAUCAUCACCACCUUCUCGGCCACCAUCAUCAACUCCAUCUUCCUCACCCCCAAGAAGUCGGCUCUGCUCAACAUGCCCGCCGGUGCCAUCUCCAUCUUUGCGACUCUGGCCGGAACAUACGUCAUCUACUACAACCUGCCUCGCUGGCUGAGCAUCGUCGGACUCCUGAUCCCCACCAUCAUCGGCGCCGGGUUGAUGUCCUUUGCAAAGUCCAACGGCGGUGCCCUCGCCGGCGUCUACCUCAUCAACUUCGACGUGGCCCCCCUGGCCCUCAUCUACGCUCUGGUCGGUGCCAACACGCAGGGAUACACCAAAAAGGUUACCGUCAACGUUAUCAUCGCCAUUGCCUUCUCCAUCGCCAACAUCAUCGGCCCGCAGACCUUCCAGGACAAGGAUAAGCCCAAGUACCUGCCCGCCAAGAUCACCGUUCUCGGCGUCGCUGGUGGAUCCAUCCUGGUCACCAUUCUGCUGAGAAUCCUCUACGGCGUUCGCAAUGCUAAGACGGCUGCGGCACGCAAAGCGGAGCUGGAGGCCAUCAAGCGAGGUGAGGUUGAUGCCAAGGCCGUCGACGAUGAGCAGACGGAUCUUACAAACCCUACCUUUCAAUAUGUAUACUAA